AUGUGGCUUGUGGAAACUGUUCAGAAUAUGGCACGUAAUUUAUUUGAAAGAGGCUACAAAUAUAUUUUAUUUUGUGAAAUAGAUGAAAUGGUUGUACCUGAUCCAAUGAAAUAUCCUUUAGGUCUUAUGGAUUACAUUAAAAAAGCCAAGGAAAAAGUUAUUCGUGUCAAUCCCUAUCGAAUAGUUCAUAAUAAUACAUUAGAACCGAAACUCAAUCUCAACAAACCCAUUAUGCCACAGCGACGUUAUUGGGUGAAAGAUAAUGGGUACGAUAAACCUUUGCUGAUACGCAAGAAAAUUCAUUGGAAGGUAGGCUUUCAUGCGUGUCAAGAAGAUAGCAUACAGGAUCAGGACUUAGUCAUGAUUCAUCUUCAGCGAAUGGACCAUGACUUUUAUAUGGAGCGUGCUGCUUGGAAAAGCAAACAGAAUUUUAAGAUGGAAGAUCUUCAAAGAAGCUGGGGCACACAACAUGUAUUACAUGGAGAAAAGGCAGAAGAAUGGUUUUUUAGCGUCUCGGAAAUUGUUUCCGAAAUUCCAGUACGAUUUCGCUCAGCAUCUCUUUUCUAA